UUUAUCGCAUAAAACAACUACUAGUGCGUCUUUGUGAUGGAUGAAUAAUGAAUGAAUAAAUACAUUUAAAUCAGACGCUUGCAAUUAAGGGUUUUUUUUUUUGCGUUUUUUCAUCAUCUUAGCGGCACAUAGUGGAAAGUGCCUAUUUCGACUGUUUUUAUUAGGCUUAAAGCAAAAGUGAAAGUAAUCUUAAAACUGAGGAACAGCUUCGUUUAAAGAAUUUUUAUUAGACUUUUACAUCGGAAUGAGAGUGUUUAAUGAAAUACUAUGAUGUCUGUUUCACAAAUAAGGAACUGACCUACAAACGAUGCUUUUUACUGUUGGACUCCUAGUUAUUGGUUGUGUGGCUGCUUCUGUAUCUGGAUUCGGUGCAGAUGUGGUGCUGUCCUGCUUCCUAGUGGAGGAAGGAGAAGGCAUGGGGGGUGUUGGCGGAAUGGGUGGUGGCAGUCUGUUCAGCCGCACCCCAGCAACCCUGGUACUGAGAGACCUACCUACCACACCUGACCUGUCACCUGAUACUAUAACCCCUUAUAACCCCCCAAAGAACCCUGACCCUGAGAACCUCAUCUUUGAGGCCAAGGCUACAUCACUUGAAAUCCCAGAGGCAGACCAGCUCCUUCACGCAGACUGCAAUGAACAGGAAGUGACUUGUGAGAUUAGUCAAUACUUCCCUCAAGGAGCACAGAAAAGCACAGAUCCAGCCUAUUUCAUGGGUUCUGUUCAACUGGAAGGGGGUGGAAUCAGUCUCACUUUAGUCCUGCAGACAAUUUCUCUAGAAAAUGAGGGGGAGACAUCAACAGCAUCACCACUUAUCCAGAGCAAAUUGAACCUUCCUCUCAGUCAGUCAGGGACUCUGCUAAUAGAGGUGGCAUUCCUGGUGUUCUCUCAGACGCAGUCUGUCACAACUCCCAUUGGGGGUGACGCUGUCUUGGACUGUGGCUUCAAGCUUCAAGACCCACCCCCAGUUGAGGAAAUGGUGCUUGAGUGGCGCCUGCAGCACAGAGGCAGUGGACGAAGAGUGCUGGAAAUGAAGGUUGUAAAAACAGAGGAGGAGCCAAUAGUGGUCGUAGAGACAGAGGGCUCCAGCGUGGAUCCAGCACUGGCUUUGAGAGAGAGGAAUGUAUCGUUGUCUCUGCGACAGCUGAAGACUUCUGAUGAGGGAACUUACAUCUGCACAGUCAGCUCCGGGCUCUUCCAGGCCCAACAAGUUGUGCAGCUUCACAUCAUUCAGGCCCCUCGUGUCUCCCUUUCAGUGGACAAGGUGAUGUCCCGGCAUGAGUUGCCCCAGAGAGUGAGCUGCCACUGUGAGCGAUACUAUCCUUUGGAUGUCAAGGUGGAGUGGUUUGCGCUCCCUCCUGCAGUGUCAGAGCCCAUUUCCCUCUCCAAAGAUGUCUCUCUUUCAAGCCACCGGCAAUACGGCGAUGGAACUUUCUCGAUCUCCUCCCACCUCAUCCUUAACCACUCCCUCUACCCUCCCGGGACCAACAUCACUUGCCAUGUCUCGCAUCUCUCCAUGGACACACCCGUCGCUCUAAGCUUCACUGUGACUGCCCCAGAGCCUGGCAGUUCUUAUUUGAUGGUGUUGGGUCUCUUGGCUGCGUCGGCGCUUUUCCUCUACCAGCUGCUGAGAUAGAAAGGAGCAACAUCCUCCUUUAAGGACUUUUCAGGACACUUUGUUGCAGCUUUUCCCUGAAUAGUGUGAAUAUUUGACAGCUGAACGUUGGUUACAUUGGUAUUUCUAUGGUUACAUUUUGUGUGGCAUCA